CCUAGUCCCGGGAUGAGGGUUCAGGGUGGAGGGGACGGGGGAGGGGGCGGCGCGCCUCCUCCUCCCCACGGGCUUGUAAAUCCGCAGCGGCCUCCGCAGCAGCCUCCCAGCCCGCCCCCGGGCCCCCUCCUCCUCCUGCGCCUGAAUGGUACAUUCCGGUCCGCCUGGCCCGGCUGCAGUGGAUGUUGCUAGAACCCACGCGGAGGAAGGAAGAGACGCAGGCAGGCUGCGGUGACCCAAGCGGCCGCCCCUGCCUCAGGGACCCCUUCCCGGAGAGACGGCACCAUGACACAAGGAAAGAUCUCCGUGGCUAACAAAGCCCCCGGGACAGAGGGGCAGCAGCAGGCCAAUGGUGAGAAGAAGGAGACUCCAGCAGUGCCGUCGGCCCCGCCCUCCUAUGAGGAGGCCACCUCUGGAGAGGGGUUGAAGGCAGGGGCCUUCCCCCCAGCCCCGUCGGCUGUGCCUCUCCAUCCCAGCUGGGCCUAUGUGGAUCCUAGCAGCUCUAGCUAUGAGAACGGAUUCCCCGCCGGAGACCAUGAGCUCUUCACCACCUUCAGUUGGGACGACCAGAAAGUUCGCCGAGUCUUCAUCAGAAAGGUCUAUACAAUCCUACUGAUCCAGCUGCUGGUGACGUUGGGUGUCGUGGCUCUCUUUACCUUCUGUGACCCCGUUAAGGACUAUGUCCAGGCCAACCCAGGAUGGUACUGGGCAUCCUAUGCUGUAUUCUUCGCCACCUAUCUGACCCUGGCCUGCUGUUCUGGACCUAGGAGGCAUUUCCCCUGGAACCUGAUUCUCCUGACCAUCUUCACCCUGUCCAUGGCCUACCUCACUGGGAUGCUGUCCAGCUACUACAACACGACAUCUGUGCUGCUGUGUCUGGGCAUCACGGCUCUCGUCUGCCUCUCAGUCACCGUCUUUAGCUUCCAGACUAAGUUUGACUUCACCUCCUGCCAGGGUGUGAUCUUCGUGCUGCUCAUGACUCUUUUCUUCAGUGGACUCAUCCUGGCUAUCCUCCUGCCCUUCCAAUACGUGCCCUGGCUCCACGCUGUGUAUGCCGCUCUGGGAGCAGGCGUGUUUACGUUGUUCCUGGCAUUUGACACCCAGUUGCUGAUGGGUAACCGACGCCACUCACUGAGCCCUGAGGAGUAUAUUUUUGGAGCCCUCAACAUUUACCUAGACAUCAUCUACAUCUUCACCUUCUUCCUGCAGCUUUUUGGCACCAACCGGGAAUGAGGAGCCCUUCCUUCCUUCCUUCCUUCCUUC